AUGUCUAAAAUACCCUACCAGCAGGUGAUCAUUGUCGGAAUCGACGCAAACGCAAAGAUGGAAUUUGAACAAGAAUCCUAUGUGCUAGGAAAAUGGUUUUAUCCAGCGGAGCUCACGUCGGAUAAUGGUAACCAUCUGGCUUACUUAUGUGAACAGAAGGGUCUCAUCAUCGCGUCCACUUUUAAAAGGAAUCAUCGAAGCCGGCUCAUGUGGCGGGGGUCAACCGUUUUAACACCUGAAGAGCAGCGCAAACGGAAGAUGAGGACUCUCAAACGUCAACUCGACUACGUUCUGACGAGGAACAUUCCUCGGUCAGAUAUCCGAAAAUGCAUAGCUGUUUAG